AUGGAAGGAGCAAAAGCAACCCAAGGGGCAAGGAAUGGUGUGCAGAACAGCCUAGACACAGAUCCAGUCAGGCUCAGGGAACAAUCUGCAGAGAAUUCGUGGCCUAAGCUGUUUUCCCUGCCUGUUUAUUUUUUGAAAAUUUACACCUCUGCUUUAAACUGCUUCAUCAUCUGCACCUAUCCAAAGUUGUUUUAUUGGAAGAACAUGUUCCUCUGCAAUUUAAAAAAAUUUUUUUUUCUUUUUUUAAUUACCACUGCUCAGACCCAGUCUCAUCACACUGCAGAUGGAAACCGAGAUUGCCGCAACCCAGAGCUAGCUCCUGGCAGGACAGGACACCAGCAAAUCUCACGCGGUGUGAUGGGGAGCAAAGGAGGAAGGCGGCUGGCCAGGACUGAGCGCCUGGUGGGCUGGGGUCUCGCCGGGCAACGACCUGUCAAGCCCGGGGUCUCGGGUCCCCCCAGCACACGCCUACAGCUGGGACACGACCUGGGGCAUUUCAGCCUCCGCAGCAGAGAUCUCCCUCUUGCCUGA